AUGGAGACCUUCGAGACUUCCUCCCAGGAAGCUCUUUCGGAGCACCAUGAGGCCAACCUGCCACCGGUAGAUGGAGGCAAACGUGCAUGGCUUUUCCUCGCGGCAUGCUUUGUGAUUGAAGCUUUAAUUUGGGGUUUCACUUUUUCUUUUGGAAUUUUCCAAGAUUAUUACAGCACCCAUGAGCCAUUCAAGAGUUCUGGUGAUAUUGCCAUUGUUGGCACCUGUGCGAUGGGUAUUUCUUACAUGUUACUCCCAGUGGCAUUUAUCCUGCUACAAGUAAUGCCCCGCCUAAAGCUAUGGGCUGCCCCAAUUGGGUUCAUCAUUAUGUGUCUAGCUCUGUCUUUGAGCUCCUUUGCAACAAACACCACCCACCUUAUCGCUUCCCAGGGUGUUGCGUACGGUAUCGGUGCAAGCCUGGCAUACGCACCGACAAUCAUCUUCAUGGAUGAAUGGUUCGUGCGUCGAAAGGGACUAGCCUUCGGAAUUAUGUGGGCUGGAACCGGCCUUUCGGGUGUUAUUCUUCCCAUUGUUCUCCAGUGGAUGCUGGAUACAUUCGGUCACAAAACUGCUCUGCGUGCUUGGUCCAUCAUUCUCCUACUUUUGGGUGGUCCACUACUCGCUUUCCUUCGACCUCGCCUUCCUAUUUCACGUGCUUCGCAACCCCGGCCAUUGGACUUCAGAUUUCUUUGGGAUACGACUUUCCUGAUCUAUGAAUCUGGAAAUAUCAUGGAAGCUAUGGGCUAUUUCCUCCCGACAAUUUAUCUGCCUACUUAUGCCAAGAGUCUUGGUGCCAGUGGUAUUGAGUCUACUCUCACUGUCAUGGUCUUUAACCUUGCAUCUGUCUUUGGAUGCGUGAUCAUGGGCUCCUUGGUUGACCGCUACCAUGCCACGACCUGCAUUCUGGCCUCGACGGUUGGUAGUACUGUUGCUGUGUUUUUGAUCUGGGGUUUGGCUGACAGUUUGGCACCCUUGUACAUCUUCUGUAUCUUUUACGGAUUGUUCGCUGGGUCGUUCACUUCCACUUGGCCGGCUGUUGUUAACGAGGUCACGAAGAGGAGCAUUUAUACCGAUCCCAGUCUCAUCUUUGGACUUCUUUCUACUGGAAGAGGUAUUGGAAAUAUUGUUAGUGGACCCCUUAGUGGAGCUCUGCUUGAUCAGCAUGCUUGGGACGGGAUUGCUGGCAAGGCUUAUGGUACGGGCUAUGGGCCUUUGAUCGUCUUUACUGGUGUUUCUGCUUUUCUGGGUGGGUUGGGUGUUAUGGCGAGAUGUGCCGUACGCUCCUGA